AUGGCCGCCAUAAACGCCACGUACAAGCUUGACCAACUUGCCACCGCCCCAAGCGGCCCUUGGAGUUUUUGGCAGUCGGAGGCGAGCCGCGGAGUCCAGAUUGCAGCGACUCUGAUUAUUUUCCUGGUGGGCGUACCUCUGAACGUGCUGGUGGUUUGGGCACUCGGACAAAGUCGACGGCGGCUCAUCCGCAGAGGCAGCGACGGCAGCGGCGGAGGAGGCGGAGAAACCCGGGCGGCAAACAGCUUCCGGAUCUACGUCCUCAACCUGGCCCUGGCCGACCUGGUGCUGAUCCUGCGGACGCCCCUCAUGUUGGGCUACCUGGCCCACCACAACAGCUGGCCCUUUGGCUCCGCCCUGUGCCGCCUGGUGGUGUUCCUGCGAGGCCUGGGUUUGUACGCCUCGGCCUUCCUGGUCUGCGCCGUGGCCCUGGAGCGCUGCUUGUGCCUCCUGAGGCCCGUGUGGGCUCGGCUGCGUCGCCCCGCCUGGGCCGUGCCUUUGGCCUGCGGCUUGUUGUGGCUGUUGGCCACCAUCUUGUCCGCCCCCUACCUACACAGCACCGUCUUGAGGGAAACCAACGGCACGUUCCAGUGCUUGGAGAGCGACACCUUCGACACCGGCCUGUUUGUGUCCGAGACCGUGGCAGGGUUCAUCUUGCCCAUGUUGGUGUUUUUAGGGAGCCAUUUGGCGGUUUUACUCUCCAUCAACCAAGCGGGGCCCGUGUCUCCGACAUCUUCAUCUUCAUCCCCCUGGGUCGCACGAAGGACCGCCAGGAUGUACCGCGUGCUCUUCUUCACCAUGCUGCUCUUCCUGGCGGGCUGGGUGCCGUACUUCGUGUGCCGCCUGCUGCGCGCCCUCGCCCAAGGACGAGCGGACAGAGCCGCGCUUCACCAGACAGCGUCUCACGGAACCUACGUCUCGCUCUACCUGGUCUACGCCAAGAGCGCUCUCAACCCCGUCUUGUACGUGUUUGCCGCCCGGGGACUGGGCCGCGCCGUGCGAGCGUCGGUCACCUGCGCCAUCAGACGGCUCUUCAACGACGACACUGCCGAGUCCAUACGGAACAGAUCGCUCAAAAACUCACAAACAAACAAACGUUAG